UACCCGCGCUGUCGUCGAAGAUUGUGUGUUUAGGAAGAUGCGUGCCUUUAUCUAAAUAAAUUGAAAAUUAUGUCUAAAAUUUUUCUCCGCAAUUAUAGUUUAUUUUUAAAAGAGAUUAAAACGUUUAUUAUAACGGUCAUUGAGGUAUUUGAGGGACCGACAUUAUAACUUCUGACAUACUCUGACAUUUUCAGGCGGAAAGUCAGCAGCUCUGUAAACAUGGCGGGAGUUAUCCGGAGGCUCGACGAGACUGUUGUCAACCGCAUUGCUGCGGGAGAAGUUAUUCAGCGUCCUGCCAACGCCGUUAAAGAAAUGAUUGAAAACUGUUUGGAUGCAAAGUCCACAAGCAUUCAGGUGACGGUGAAGGACGGCGGACUGAAACUUCUUCAAAUUCAGGACAACGGCACUGGCAUCAGGAAGGAGGACAUGGAAAUCGUUUGUGAGAGGUUCACCACGAGCAAACUUCAAACUUUUGAGGACCUUUCGAGUAUCGCAACCUAUGGAUUCAGAGGAGAGGCCCUUGCUAGUAUAAGCCAUGUUGCCCAUGUGACCAUAACCACAAAGACUGCUGAUGCAAAGUGCGCUUACAGAGCCAACUACAGCGAUGGCAAACUAAAAGGCCCUCCCAAACCAUGUGCUGGAAACCAGGGAACGCAGAUCCUUGUGGAGGAUCUUUUCUAUAACGUCUCCACCAGGAGAAAAGCUCUAAAGAGCCCGAGCGAUGAGUACUCCAGGAUUGUAGAAGUGGUCGGCAGGUACGCCAUACACAACUCAGGAAAAAGCUUCUCUGUCAAAAAGCAAGGAGAGACCGUGGCAGACGUAAGGACUCUUCCCAAUGCGUCUGUAGUCGAUAAUAUUCGAGGGAUUUUUGGCAACGCAGUCAGCAGGGAGCUGAUCGAGGUUGCCUGUGAAGAUCAGAAGCUCGCUUAUAAGAUGAAAGGCUACAUCUCAAACGCAAACUAUUCAGUCAAGAAAUGCAUUUUGAUCCUGUUCAUAAACCAUCGUCUGGUGGAGUCGAGCGCUUUGAAGAAAGCGAUUGAGACAGUUUAUGCUGCAUAUCUCCCCAAGAACACACACCCGUUCCUUUACUUGAGCUUAGAAAUCGCUCCUCAGAAUGUGGAUGUUAAUGUUCAUCCCACUAAACAUGAAGUGCACUUCCUGCAUGAGGACAGUGUCAUCGAGAGCGUUCAGAAGCACAUCGAGAGCAAACUCCUGGGCUCCAACUCCUCACGUACAUAUUUCACUCAGACGUUGUUGCCGGGACUGUCAGUCUCAGGUAACACUGAGGUUAAGGCCUCCAGCACCACAUCGGAGUCUAGCGAGCGAGUCUACGCACAUCAGAUGGUGAGGACCGACUGUCGCACACAGAAGCUAGAUGCCUUCCUCCAACCGAAAGAAAAGCCGCUCCCUGAUCCCAAGCCUGCUGGUCCCAGCAGUGGGCAGACUGCGAUCAAAGCCAUCCAGGCGGACAGCAUAGAGAUAGACGAUGUAGAUGACUCAGACAUGCUGGAGGCGCUGGCUGAACAGGAAGCAGAGGUGCCAAAGGGCGAGGAACAAGGCAGCGUCGGUGCUCUUGAUAAUCAGAGGAAGCGACCGAGGACAGAGCAGAAAGAGCAGCAGCAGGAAGAAGGCGAGGACUUGACGGCCGCAGCCACGCCCAAGAGACGAGUGAUCAAACUGAACAGCAUCAAAGAGCUGAGAGCUGAGAUCACAGAGAACACACAUAAAGGCCUUCAAGAAAUGAUGCAGAACCACUCGUUUGUGGGCUGCGUCAAUCCCCAGUGGUCUCUGGUGCAACAUCAUACUAAGCUCUACCUGCUCAACACCAACAAACUCAGCCAGGAGCUUUUCUACCAAAUACUCAUUUAUGACUUUGGAAAUUUCGGUGUACUCAGACUGUCUACCCCAGCACCUCUUUAUGACUUGGCCAUGUUGGCUUUGGAGUCAGAGGAGAGCGGCUGGACUGAAGAGGACGGUCCCAAAGAAGGCCUGGCUCAGUACAUAGUGGACUUCCUGAAAAAGAAAGCGGAGAUGCUAGAGGACUAUUUCUCCAUGGAGAUAGACCAGGAAGGAAACCUACUAGGACUCCCGCUGCUCCUCGACAACUACACCCCAGUCAUGGAGGGUCUCCCUAUGUUCAUCCUGCGCCUGGCAACUGAGGUGAACUGGGACGGUGAAAAGGACUGUUUCAGAGACUUCAGCAAAGAGUGCAGCAUGUUCUACUCCAUCAGGAAGCAGUACAUCCUGGAGGCCGAGCCAGGAGAGGAGCAGGGCACUGAGGUGAACUCUUGGCGGUGGAAAGUCGAACACCUCAUCUUUAAAGCUUUCCGAACCCUCUUCAGUCCUCCGAAGAGCUUCAGCGAGGAUGGCACUGUGCUGCAGAUCGCCAACUUACCCGAUCUCUACAAAGUGUUUGAGAGGUGCUGAAACUGCUCAUCAUGGCUGAAAAAAAUCAACUAUAUAAGCUCUUUUUCUUUUUUUUCUUAAA